AAGAUAAAGAGCUGAUUGUUCUGUGUUGUCUGUUCCUUUAACAGAGAAAGAAACGUUAAGGUUUUUCAGCGUUGCGCUGCGCUGGGUUUAAAUAGAAUCUGGCGGUUGGCACAUUUGAUGUCGUCUCGCGGUGAUGACGUCACCACACAUUCGUUCCGCGUCGAGUCUUCUGAGGAGAGGCGAGCAGUUCACGGUAUUUCUCAUAUUUACACAAAUAUCAGACACUUUUCUAGACUUUCAGCGACACACACGGGCUCGUUUGUGUGUUUGCUGACUUAAACACUCAGAACAGCAGGCAACAAGCACAUCUGCUGCUUCCAAACAGAAAUUCAUCAUCAGUGAAGCUCCUCCCACUCUGGAAUCAUCAUAAGUGAAGCUCCUCCCACUCUGGAAUAUCAUCAGUGAAGCCCACUCUGGAAUUCAUCAUCAGUGAAGCUCCUCCCACUCUGGAAUUCAUCAUCAGUGAAGCUCCUCCCACUCUGGAAUAAUCAUCAGUGAAGCUCCUCCCACUCUGGAAUUCAUCAUCAGUGAAGCUCCUCCCACUCUGGAAUCAUCAUCAGUGAAGCUCCUCCCACAUCAAUCACUCCGCCAGUAAAUGCUGGAAUUUUCCCAUCAGUUUACAAGUGAAGACGAGCAUCAGAGCAUCAUGAAAGAGCUGAAAUCUGAGUUUAUUAAAGAGGAACGUGAGAACAUGAGUGAUCUAGAACCCUGCAGAAUCAAACACACUGAAGAAGAACAGAGAGACCCUAAAGAAGAGAACGAGGAGAGUGAAGAACUGAGUGAAGUGGAGGAGAAACAUCAUGUCAAACCUGAAGAGAAACCUCUGAGUCACUCCAAACCUAAAAAUAUAUUUUUUAAGGAAAAAAGAGCAGAGAAAUCUUUCACCUGCCUUCAGUGUGGAGAGAGUUUCACAUAUGAACAAAGUCUUGAGAUUCACAUGAGAGUUCACACCGGAGAGAAGGCACAUUCGCAAAGUUUAAAAUCGCAUCAGAAAACACAUACUGGUGUAAAAGAUCAUGUGUGCUUUGAGUGUGGGAAGUCUUUUACUUGGGAAAAACAUUUAAAACAGCACCAGAGGUUCCACACCGGAGAAAAACCUUAUAAGUGUUCACACUGUGGCAAGAAUUUUAGUUGGUUAGCACAUCUGAAAACACAUGAGCAGAUCCACAGCAGAGAGAAAACACACACAUGUGAUUUGUGCGGCAAGAGCUUUGCAUGCAAAAAACAUGUUAGAAUCCAUAUGAAGAUCCACACUGGAGAAAAGCCAUACACAUGUGAUCAGUGUGGAAACAGUUUCACUCGCUCAUCGCACCUUAAAGAACACAUGAGGAUCCACACUGGAGAGAAGCCAUAUACAUGUGAUCAGUGUGGAAACAGUUUCACUCAAUUAUCAAACUUUAAAGAACACAUGAGGAUCCACACUGGAGAGAAGCCAUACACAUGUGAUCAGUGUGGAAAGAGUUUCUCAUUAAAAAAAAGUUUUGAUGGUCACAUGAGGAUCCACACUGGAGAAAAGCCGCACGCAUGUGAUCGAUGCGGCAAAACAUUUCUUAGGGCAGCUGCCCUGAAGAAACACCUGACAGUUCAUACGAAGGAGAAGCCACAUUCGUGUUCUUUAUGUGGAAAGAGUUUUUCACGGCUGCAAAGUUUAAAAUUACAUCAGAAAUUACACAACCCUGUGAGAGAUCAUGUGUGCUUCGAGUGUGGGAAGACUUUUGCUUUGGUAAUCCAUUUAAAACAGCACCAGAUGAUUCACACUGGAGAGAAACCUUACAAGUGUUCACACUGUGACAAGAGAUUCAGUCAGUCAGGACAUCUGAAAAGACAUGAGCAGAUCCACACUGAAGAGAACCCUCACAAGUGUUCACACUGUGACAAGACAUUCAGUCUGUCAUCAAGUCUGAAAACACACGAGAGGAUCCACACUGGAGAGAAACCUCACAAGUGUUCACACUGUGACAAGACAUUCAGUCUGUCAUCAAAUCUGAAAACACAUGAGAGGAUCCACACUGGAGAGAAACCUCACAAGUGUUCACACUGUGACAAGACAUUUAGUCAGUCAGCAAAUCUGAAAAGACAUGAGCAGAUCCACAGCAGAGAGAACCCUCACAAGUGUUCACACUGUGACAAGACAUUCAGUCUGUCAUCAAGUCUGAAAACACAUGAGAGGAUCCACACUGGAGAGAAACCUCACAAGUGUGAUCAGUGCGGGAAGAGUUUCACAUUUAAAAGUCGUCUGAAGCUACACAUGAAGAUCCAUACAGUAAAGACACUGAGCAAUAAAGUCACUUCUUGUGUAAGUUAGUUUCCUAACAGUCACAAUUAGUGACAGGACAUUUUGUUGGUUAUUUGGAAAGUAUCUCAUUAUUACGAGAAAGUAUGUUAUUAUUAUGAGAUACUAAGUCAUAAUUAGAAAGUGUCUCUUUCUUUUUAUAAUGACCUUCGUAUUGAUAUAUUGGUAACACUAAAAUAACUUUCAUUAAUAAACAUUACGUAAUGCUUAACGGAGGAUUAGUUCAUAUAUUCACAUAUCGAGAAACGUGAAGUAAUUAGCUUGUUAAUGUUUACUAAUAAAUGUAUUUUAUAUGAAUUAGUUUAUUAGCAUUUUGUGUAAAUUAAAAUUCUUACAAAUAUCAUUAAACUUUAAUUCAUAUGAUCAUGCACAUCUUGAAAAUCCUCAAAUGAUUUUAACAGAUGUUAUUCAAUGAUUUAAAGCUCGUGUUAAUGCACAACACUUCUGCUAUUAAGGUGUGAUGCAGGUAUGAGCUUAGGCUCAGAUUUGGUGUAUGGGGGGGUUUAAGGUUGGAUAAGGGGUCAACAAGUGUACAGGGGUCAAUUUAAAUACUAUAAGGGGACACAAUUCAAUCUGUUUAUAUUGCAUUGUUUUGAUAAAUGUAAGUAUUUACAUUUAUUUACAAUAAAUCAAGUAUUUUCUUGAAAAUUUGCCUUCCCCCCACCCUCCUGUUGAUGACGCAAGACAUAUUCUGUUUAAUGAUACACAAUACUAUAAUAAUGUGUUGAUGUGAUAAAAACAUGUUUUUCACCCAAAUUACAAUGUGUGUUGUCUUUACCAAGCAUUUAGCUAAACUUAACUAACCACCCUUUACACAAACAUUGUUAAAGUAGCUAAAAGCCAAGUUCCA